AAAUUUUUAAUAUUUGCAACAUUUGCAACGAUUUAUUUUAUUUUAUUUUUUUCUUUUGUCACAAAAGAAAUUUCAAAUUUCAAAUUACUCUUUGUUUCUUAAAAACUCAAUCUUUUUAUUGACAAAAUGUCUCUCGCUAAAGCAAGAAAAGGAUUAAAGACUGAAAAGAAAGGUGGAAAAGUAUCUCCUGAUCAAAAACUUCUCAACCAAUUCUUUGAAACCCAUGAUAAUCAUAACAAGUCAGAUAAAAAUUUUAAAUUCAGUCAUUUUCACCCUGGACAUGCUGAGGAUGCCUUUAAACUCUCUGCGGAAUUUAUGGAAAUCGCAAACAAAAAUCCUGAUAAUGCCAUCGAGAAAGUUGUUGAACACGCGAAUAAAGCAUCUGAAACUUCGAAUCUCGAAUUAGUUCGUCAUGCUUUAAUGAUGUUUAUUUCUCAUCAUCCGUCUGCUCGUAACAAAAAUUUGCGUAUUCCUCCAUUGAUUAAGCGUUCUCCUGGAUCUACUGUUCCCAAGAAGAAGCAAGUUUCAACUGCUGAAAAAUUUAAGGAAACUGAAGGUGAAAACCCUGAAUUAUACAUGAAUUGGUAUAGAGAAGAUCCUAAUCUCAAUGAGCAUCACGAGCAUUGGCAUAUCGUUUAUGGUGCUACUGGUGUACCUGAUCUUGAUAAUCCUUUGACAAAACGUGUUCAUAAGGAUCGACAUGGUGAAUUGUUCGUUUAUAUGCAUCGACAAAUGCUGGCAAGAUAUGAUAUCGAACGUAUUGGACUGGGUUUAUCUUUGGUUAAACCUCUUGAUGAUUAUUCUGCCCCAAUUGAGGAAGGAUAUCAUCCUAACGAAAAUUUGGUUGAUGCAGAAGAUAGAAAUGAUCCUUACUCUACAUUUGGUUCUCGUGAUCAUAAGAAACAACUUCGUAAUAUUCCUAGUAGUAAGGAUAAAACUGAAGAACUCAAAACUGAAGACAUGCAGACAUCUCGUGAAAAGAUCGAAAAAGCUGUUAAUUGUGGUAAAUUUUAUAAUGAUACCAAGAUCGAUAUUGAUACGUUGGGCGCUGUUCUCGAAUCUUAUCAAAAUGGCAAUGUUGAACAUUUGAUUGAAUAUUAUGGUCUUAAAUAUUAUGGUGAUAAUAUAGGUUUACAUGGAAGUGGUCACCUUAUUAUAGGAAACAUAACUGAUGAUCCUGGUGUGAUGUCUCAAACACGCGUUGCUGCACGUGAUCCGGUAUUUUGGAGAUGGCAUCGUCAUAUAGAUAAUCUGGUCAAAACAUGGGAAGAAAAUCAAGAACCAAAUGACUUUUCCAAAUCACUACCUGUAAAACUUCAAGAUGUCAUUCUUGUAUUCAAAGAUAAACUGCCUAUACACCAUGGAGAAACCCAAGAUGAAGAAGCAGCUGAAUUUGGUAAAAAAUCAUUUGGUGGAGAAAAUUUUUGUAAGGACGUAUCAAAAAAUGAUAUUGUUACAAAUGAAUUAGAAACAAAAAUGAAAACUAGAGUGUGGACACAUAUUGCAGAUUCAGGAUCAACUGAGGAGAUAGAUUUUUUAUUCCCUAGGGAAUUUUAUUAUUAUUUCCGUGUUGAAAAUACUUCAGCAAGUGAAUUUAUAGCUACAUUCCGCGUCUUUCUAGUACCAGAGGAAUUAGCUGAAUCAAGAGUUCAUUGGAUUGAAUUAGAUAAAUUCAAAGAAAGUUUACCUGCUAAUUCUAAAACGGUAGUAUGUCGUGAUUGUGAUAUGUCAUCAAUCGUACGUCAACCUCCGCAGAAAACCGAUGAUGAAUUAGACGAUACAGCUCUUCCGAUUGAUACUACUCCAGAUGCAGAAGGAAUUAAUACUAAUGACACAUUUUGUGAUUGUGGUUGGCCUUUCCAUUUAUUACUGCCCAGAGGAAGGAAAGGAGGAAUGAAAUUUAAAUUGUUAGUAUUUAUUUCCGAUUGGUCUGAAGAUAAAGUAGAAGUACCAAAAGAAAAUAUUAGGUGUGGAAGUAUUAGUUUCUGCGGUGCUCAAAAGCCUGCUGAUAAAUAUCCCGACAAUAAACCCAUGGGUUAUCCACUUGAUAGACCUUUCAAAAAUAAUUCUUAUAAAGAGACGUUUGCUGGAUUAAACAAUGCUGUUAUUAAAGAUGUUAGCAUUAAAUUGGUUAAAGACUUUCCUGAAAUCGUCGAAGGCUGUUAACUAACCCAUUUUGUAAAUAUAUAAAUAUUUAUUUUUCAUAUUUUUUCUUAUAAAUAAUUUGCAUGACACGAUCGACCUUUAAAGUGUGAUUUCCUACAUUUAAUUACUUUUCAAAACAGCAAAAACAGCAAAAACAGCAAAAAAAAAAAAAAAAAAAAAAAAAAA